GGUUUAUUUUUUUAUCAGAAUCUUCUUAAAUCCAUCGCUGAUCAAAAUUUUCUUUCUCUGCAACCUCAAAUAGAACCCAUGUUACGAAGAUUUCAUCCUGAGUGUGAUUUGUUCAAGGGACAUUGGAUUCCAGACAAAAGAGGAUCUUUGUACACGAACUCAAGCUGUUCUACGAUUCCCGACUCGAAGAACUGCAUAAAAGAGGGAAGACCAGACAGAGGUUUUUUGUUCUGGAGAUGGAAACCCGAUGGCUGCGAUCUUCCGAGGUUUAAUCCUAAGGCGUUUCUCGGUCUAGUUCGGGGGAAGAAGAUGAGUUUUAUUGGUGAUUCUGUAGCUAGGAACCAUAUGGAAUCUCUUCUUUGCUUGUUGUCAAUGGAAGAAACUCCUAAGGACAUCUACAAGGAUGGAGACGAUAGAAACAGGAUUUGGUACUUUCCGAAACACGAUUUUACUCUCUCUACCUCGUGGACUAAAUUUCUUGUAGAGGAACGAGAGAGGAGGGAUGGUAACAAUAAAGGAACUGGAUUGUUUGAUCUAGAUAUUGGCAAGAUCGAUGACGGGUGGUUUAACGGUCUGCCGAAUACAGACAUUGCUAUUGUCUCGGCUGCUCACUGGUUUUUCAGACCGAUAUUUAUACAUAGAGGAGAUGAGACACUGGGUUGCAUUUACUGUAGCUUACCAAACAUGACUCAGAUUACCCCGGAAGAAGGGUUUAAGCUUGUUUACUCAGCUGUCUUCAAGCAUAUCGAUGAGUGUGAGAUGUGUAAGGAAGAUUUAGUGACGGUACUGAGGACUAUUUCACCUGCUCAUUUCGAGAAUGGAACUUGGGAUACCGGAGGAACUUGCAGCAGGACGAGUCCUUUUGGAGAAAACCAAAUUGACCUGCAGAGCAAUGAGAUGAAGAUCAGGAAAUCCCAGAUUGAACAGCUUGAAGGUAUAACAACAAAGCGCAACAACAAAGCAAAGAAGUUUGCGGUUUUGGAUGUGACGAGGGUUAUGCAGAUGAGACCCGAUGGGCAUCCAAAUGGUUACUGGGGAAAUAAAUGGAUGAAAGGUUACAACGACUGCGUGCACUGGUGUUUGCCCGGGCCAAUUGAUGCGUGGAACGAGUUUCUAAUGGCGAUAAUUAGACAGUUAAGAUGAUGAUUUGUGCAGAAAAACAUGCAUAGCUGAAACAUUCUUUUACUUUUCUUUAUAAUGAAGUAUAUCAUUGAUGUGAUUUCGAAGAGAUACACAAUACUCAAUAGAACACAUUACUUUUGUUUACCUCAUAUAAUUGCUCCCAAUACAGUUUUAUGUAUUCA